UGGCUUCUUUACGUGCCAACCAUGCAAACGUUCCCACCACCACGAAGUUCCCACAACACCGUAAACAAACCUCAUAACCAUUUAAACGCUUCUCGUCACUUGGUGUCAACGACCCGCCUUCUGUGCGCUCCUUCUCCCGUCUUCGGUUGAAGUCCGGACACAUAAUUCCUUUCUUGACAGUUCGGCAGCUGCUUCCGGCGUGGGAGUUCUCAAUACCUGUCCCAUUUCCACAAUGGACUCUGGCAACUUCUCCAGCCCAGCGGGCGACCCAGACCCCGCACUGCUCCAAAGCUUCAAAGCCGCUGCUCAAACCGUCACCCACCUCUACCGCGAGUCCAUCAAAUUGCAGCGGCGGGGUUACCUGGCCGGCUACGAUCAGUGUCUUCAGGACCUCUGGCAGUUCGUGUCUGCCCAGCGAUCCGCUGCGGGAGGGGCCAAGGAGAAUCUGACUGUGACGGAUUUGGUGUCUUUCUUUUCGGCCAAGCAUGAGGCGCUGCGGAAUGCUAUUGAGCUGUCGUCCAGCGCGGAUGGAGACGCACCAUCGCAGCAGCAAACGCAGCAGCAGCAGCAGCAACAACAACGGCAGGAAGAUGAGGGUCAGUCCCAUCAGGCGCAACAACAGCAGCAGGGGCCACAAAGUGCAGAUAGCAUAGGGUCUGCACAGCAACCGACAUCGCAAACGACUGCCGAACAUCCACCACCACUUUCCCGGGAACCCUCACAACAACAGCAACAACAACCGCUCCAGCCCACGAACGUCAUACCCUCCGCAGCAGCAACAUCUCCGUACGAUCAACAACCCCACCUCCCAUCCUCCGACUUCACUUUCGUCCCGCCACCGUUGCAUCCGCUAUACGGCUCCUCCCAACAGCAUGCAGGACAACAGCAGCAGCAGCGUCAAGCGAUCGGCAGGCCAUACGGACUCAUCCCACCCCACCUCGCUCCCGCUAUGCAAGGCAUGACAACUCCACAGCAACAACAAGCCAUGAACGGCUUUGGCAACGGUCUCCAACCUGCGAACGACCCGACAUCUUUCCAGUCGCAGCAGGAGCUCGGCGGCGGGAUCGGCGGGGCUGCGUCGCUGUUGAAGCGGCGAUGGACACCGAGUGGGAAUGGGAUCGGGGGUGGAGCGAACGGCGGUGGAGGUGGUGGGGCUCCCAACGGUGGCGGGCCGAUCUUCAACUGGACGGAACCGUUCGGCGCUGAGCCGGCGUACAAGCGGAGCAGGUGGCGAAGGGACGAGAAACAAGACCGGAACGAUAUGAGCGAUUGAACGGGAUGAGGAUGCAUAUAUCCGGUCUCUCUCGCCGCGCGUUACACAGUGUUUGCGAUUGCUGGAGGUUGUCGUCGUCAUGAUGGGCGCGCUGGAAAUCGUUUACCUGUCUUUGUGUAUUAUGUACCUGUAUACCCCCUCCUUUGUGAUGAGCCUGCCAAGUCCCAACCCCCCACCUUUUUGGUUCCCUGUGUUCAUGCCCUCCUACCCGUCCCGCAUGGCGCUUUUGUAAGUGUUGCUCGUAUAGACGCCAUGAUGAGGGAUGAUAUCCUUAUCUGCAAAUGUAUAGUCGUUUACAUAAAUGGUCUCGC